AUGGCUUCUAUUCAUGAUUUAAAUCGCCCACCAAAUCCCUUCUGGGAUUAUUUGGCGGCUUCCUUGGAGGAUCAUCCUUUCUUUGCUCCUCGAGGACACCAUCAUCCUCACCCGCCCCCUCCUUUCUGGGGCUGGGGCAACCAUCACCAUCCUCAUCACAACCACCAUGGACCACCUCCACCUCCGAAUGCAUUCUGGGGAUGGGAUCCCCGCGAACAAGACGAGGACCAUACUCGCGGCUUCGAGACCCCUCGUGCCCAGACCACCGAGCCCACCGCUGGCCCAUCUAGCUCCAACGAAAAGACCCGCGACACAGAGCAGGGAGCAACCUCAUCCUCCGAGCUCGAGACCGAUAACGAAAAGCGUCCCCAUGGCCGAUGUGGUAAGGGUAAGCACCACGGUCGUGGUGGUCCCCAUGGACUCGGUCGAGGUGGCCGGGGCCGCUGUGGACCAGGCCAUGAUCAUCCUGGCUUCAGGCCAUUCGGUCACCAUGGACGAGGUGGUCACCACUGGGGAGGUCGUGGCGGCCGAGGCAGACACCAUGGUGGCCCUCCUCCUCCCUUCGGCGCAGGGCCAGGCUUCCCGAACUUCGACUUCUUGCGCAAUAUUGCCUCGCAAUUUGGUAUCCAGUUGAACGGUCCAGCUCCCGAAGGUGUGGACUUUGUUCCAUCUGUUGAUGUCUUCGAUACUCCUACCAGUUAUAUUGUGCACGUCUCUCUGCCUGGUGCCAAGAAGGACGACCUGAGCAUUGAUUAUGAUCCCGAUGAGUCUGUCCUGCGCCUCGCGGGUGUGGUCUACCGACCUGGUAUCAGCGAGGAUUUGCACCAAGCUCUCGCAUUGGAGGAACGAACCCGCGAAGUUGGCGUCUUUGAGCGCGAAGUUCGCCUUGGAACACACGAGGCUCCCGCGGCAAUCUCCGUUCAUGAGAUCACCGCUAAAUUGGAGGAUGGUGUUCUGAACGUGACUCUCCCGAAGACUGAGUCGGAGCCAGAGCUGAAAAAGAAGGUUGUCGUUGAAGACGGGAAUAUUGUGAAUGAGAAAGACGCUAUGCAGGUGGAUGAGAAAGCCAGCGUGACGUUGACUCCCUCUGAAUCUGAUGAGAGUGAAUCUGAUGAUGGGGAGACUAAGGAAUAUGUCAAGGUCCCGGUGCAUUAA